AAUUGCCACACACGACAUGAUUAUCACUAUCGGUAUCACUGUUUUGUUUGUUUACGCCGUAAUUGUGACUAUACUUAUGGUCUAUUAUAUGCUACGCGCGCGUGUGUCAGCCAAUGUUACGGCUCCGGUAGCGGCUGUUGCCGAUGCACCGGCCGAUGAGGCACCGGCCGACGGUGGCGGUCCCGGGCAAUUCAAUGGUAACUGGUUUGUCCCUAUGUUACCAUUGUUUAACCUGGACGAUGUCCAGCCUGGUGGGAACAACUGGUCGCCACUGGAAUCGGCUAUGGAGCGGCUUAUGUGGGACGCUAUGCCCAACCAAUCGGUGGCGCAGAGAUCCCAGGCUAUAGCCUUCCAGCUACUCCUAACUGGACACGAACGGACCGCCACUGCCGUCCGUAAUCACCAUUACCAGUGAUAUUAUAUAUGUUUU